CUUAUGCCACAUGCUGCGUGCACAACGUUGUUACAUGCACUAGCUUUCACUAAAUAUCCAUUUUCAGGUAUCUUCAGUUUUGGACAUGUUAUGACUGCAAGCGAUCAAAAGAAAAGAAUAAGAAAAAUUACUUGAAUAAUUCUAAACUUCACGAUAAAUGAACGAUAAAAGCCAUUUUCAGGACGUUGAAGAAAUUUUUACAUUCGUCGAAACGUUAACAAGAACUCUUUGUUAAACUUAUUAUAGAAUAUUUCUUUAAAGGAAUAAUGGACGCACGCGAUUUCAAAGCUCGCGAUUUCGUAUCCGUUUCCAAAAAUUUCACUGAAAGGAUGAAAAAUGAAAGAUGGUCACAAAUAAAAUGGUUACAGAGAUACGAAUGGUUAUUGGAAGAACAGGCAAAAUUGAAUAAAGAAUUGGAAGAACUGUGGAAAGAAAAGCAAACAGUGCUUCCUACAGAGGGAUUCGUACGAGAGGAGGGAAAGACCUGUUUGCCAGCUCCUAUUACUACAAGUGGCGAAUAUGGCUGGCUUGCUUCGAAACCGAAGUUUCAACUAGAAAAAUACGGUUCUUAUAUACCGCAGUAUCCAGAUCCUCUGAAAGACGUAGUACUCUUAACUGGAAAUAUUCCUCUACUCGCAGCUGGCAAAGGGUUUAUUUUGUAAUAAAACGCAGGUAUCUUAAUAGUCACAUGAUUCGCAUCAGGGCAUGGUAUACACAUGGAAGUUGAGUCUCCAGAGAUUUCACCGGAAGCAUAUGUACC